AUGGACGCAUCCACAAGCAAUAUAGGAUAUUAUAGUAUUACACAGGAUGAAAAUGAAAGAUAUAUACAAAAAAAAGUAAUUAAAAAUCUUUAUUCAAUUGGCAAUCCUGUCAAUGGCGAAGAUUGUUGUAAAGAGAAUGCAAAUGCUAUAUACAAGAAAUUUAGUUCCGCUGGGUACUAUGCAAAACUUAAAUACGAUGUUGGUGACCUUAAAUCCAACUUUUUAAAAUUUUUAGAUGGUGCCAAUUAUAGUAGUUUAUUUGUAGAUUUUGUAUUUUAUUAUUCAGGAGAAGGUAUUUAUAAAGAUGGCCAAAUUUAUUUAAAGGAUAAAAUAAACAAAUUGGUAACCUUAGAUUCAUUGGCAAAUAUAUUUGAAGAAAAAACCAAACAAUUAAAAUCAAAACAAACAAAAUCAUAUAAGCUUUUAUUUAUUUUGGAUAUUUAUAAUGGCAAUGGUUUAAAGAUGGAAGAAAAACUAGAGUUAUUGGUAAAUUUAUACGAAAAUAGACAAUUCUCAUUACAGGGUAUAAAGAAAGGAUGUGCAGUAUUAUGCUCACCAAUGAUAGAGAGUUACCCAAUAGUCAUAGAAGAUGCUCUCUUUAAAAGUGAUGUUAGUAAUGGUUUUGAAAAAAAAGUAAUCAAAAUGUUAUCAUUCACAAAGUUUUUAUUGGAAAGAUUAGAAAGUGUCAACUCGCCUGGUCGUGUGAUAUUUAAAACCUCCAAAGUACUCUCUGGACAUAUAGUGGAUGAUUUCAUUGGGCACACUGCUUAUCAACUAUCAACCGAAUGUGAAUCUGCUCAAGACUCUGAUUUGUUUGAUAAAUUGAAAUUUAGACUAGGAGUUAGUCAAAAAGAAAAUUUUAAUAGUAAAGACAUUACCAAGAUUUUGGGGUUAAACUAUUCAACUCUUUUUGGUGAUAUCUUUGUUUCUGAUUUUAUUUUAAUUCAAUAA